AGCCAUGUUUGAAUGUUGACGCAUGACAAACGGCCUUAAGGAAUGAGAGUACCAAUGCACCGGAUGUUGACAUCAGAGGAAGUGUUAAGAUUGAGCCGCGUAGAAAAAGGUCAGUUACUGCCCACUGUGUUCACACACAAUGCCUGGGGCAUCCUCCACACACUGCUGGAGAUGUUCAGCUACCGCCUGCACCACACCCAGCCCCACUACCGCAUACAGCUGCUGAGCCACCUACACCACCUCAGUCAGUCCCCACAGACAAACCAGAAACAGCUACAACUCUGUAUGGAGAGCACAGCCCUCAGGUUGAUCACAGGACUCGGGAGUUUUGAGGUUCAACCCCAGUUGUCCCGAAUAUUCAAUGAUCCAGGGAGGCCGGGGUUCUUGUCCAAUGAGUCGGGGGAACUGAACAGGGUGCUGGUCCUCACCAUAGCCUGGGCCAUGCACGUCACAGGUCAGGAUUUAAAUAUAUCAAGUCAUAAGGAGUAAUCUUAAAAAUGAUUGUAGUUUUUUUUUAAGGGGAGUGUUGUCAAAUGAUCAGAACUGUAAAAGUAUUAAAAAUUAGGUAUAGACUCAUAUUAAUUUUACAGCUGUUAUUAAGUUUGCUUAAUUUCCUAAUGACUUGAUUAUGCAUUGAAUUUUGCUAACACGCCCCACAAUUGGUCCCCCAACACACUGGCCAACUUCCCUCCGAGUCUGGCCGAGUUCUUCAAGGCCCAGUCCCAUCACAGAGACAACAAAAACACGCUCAAACGGGCAACGUGGAGGCUGCAAGAGUAUAAAUAGUGGAAAAAUUCCUGCCGGACCACCUUAAGCCGGUGGUGAAGAUGGAGGAGCAGUUCCUGUAUAAUGUGUGCCACCUGGUGGGGCCGUUCCUACAGAGGCUCCACUCCGAGCGGACCCGCAGUCUGAUGGAGUUGGUUGUGGAACUUUAAGAGAUCCUGGUCAACGUGGACAAGUCAUGUGACCAUCUCCGCUACCUUGACCCAAUUACAGACUUCCUAUACCACAUCAAGUACAUGUUUGUGGGGGACAGUGUGAAGAAUGAGAUUGAGAAGAUCAUCCGUAACUUCCGGCAGGCCCUGACCUUACGUCUGAGAUUUAUCUCCCACAUCAACCUGGAGGAAGCCAUGACCCCACUGGCCCCGCCCAUGUCUACCUGAGGAUCAAUCCUUGGCUUGUUGAAUUUGAAAUACUUGUACAGGACUAGAAAGGGUUCCUCUUCUGUGAAAAAGCCAUGUAAACAAUUGAUUUAAUGGUGCUAUGAGCUGAACAACACCCAUUGUAAGGAGGGACAGAGAAGAAGACAGUGGGUAUUACAGAGUCCAUUCUGUGGAUUGUAUGUAUUCACUUUGUGUAGCAGUCUGUUGAGAGGUAGUUAUUGUCCUGUAUUACAGAGUUCACUCUGUGGAUUGUGUGUGUUCACUUUGUGUAGCAGUCUGUUGAGAGGUAGUUAUUGUCCUGUAUUACAGAGUUCACUCUGUGGAUUGUGUGUGUUCACUUUGUGUAGCAGUCUGUUGAGAGGUA